CUGACGUACGGACCGUACUUCCGGAACAGUUUGUUUGUUUUCAGGUUCUGGGCUCCGGUUCGGGCUGUCAUGCAGCGGGUCAUGAAGCUUUCAGCGGCGGAAGAAACGUUUUGUUCUCAGACGGACCUGAUCCUGGAGGUUCUGCUGGAGUCCGUCCUGUUCGUCCUGCAGCGUCCGGAACCACCGGGUCCAAAGGAACCACCGGGUCCAGAGAGGGCCGACGGCGGCGGCGACAGCCGGACCCAGCUGACCCCGGUUCUGGCCCUGAUGUCCAGAGAGGCUGCUCGUAAAAUCCUCAGCAUCUUCAGAGAGCUCUACCUGAACGUCCUGACAGAAAAUGAGGCUCUGCAGGACAGAGUCAGGCUCCUGGAGCGGGAACCAGGACCAGAACAGAACCAGAAAACCAGUGCAGGUCCGAGGAACCACACAGGUCCCAAGAAAAAAACCUCAAACGCUGCAGUCAGACCUUCACCUGACCCUCAGCCGGCUGUCUUUGUCACUGUCGUCAGUUCAGAUCAGUCCAGCAGCGAUCAAAUUCCUGUCAUCGAACAGCCAAUCACAAGCCAGAACAGCCGGUGCGUUCAGGUCCUGUUGGAAACAACAGACUCACCUGCUUCAGGUGCAGCCGAGGCUAAUGUGGUCGUGGAAACAACUCAGUUCUACUCAGAUUAUGAAGGAAUGCAGAUGUUCCUGAACAUGACAUCACUUCCUGUGACCAAUGACCAGCCAAUCAGUGACCUUCCAGAUGAGAGCGUGUCUUUGCCUGAAGAAGACACGCCUACACACAAGGAGGACACGCCCCCACCUGAGGAAGACCAGCCUGUUGUGGAAGAAUUAAAGGUGGAACCUGAAGGUCCGGUGGGCUCUCAGAGUCACGAAG